AUGCGUCCAAAGGACCGUAGCGAAUUUAGCGUCGCCAUUAUCUGCGCACUUCCAGUGGAGGCGGAUGCCGUGAUAGGGUUGUUCGAUGAAUUCUAUGAUCGAUACGGUGACCAGUACGGCAAACAUCCCAGGGAUGCCAACACCUAUACAGUGGGAAGAAUAGGGACACACAAUGUUGUCCUAUGCCAUUUGCCCGAAAUGGGGAAAGUAAGUGCAUCGAGUGUGGCGGCAAAUAUGAAGUUCAGCUACACUGAAGUCAGUCUGGCGUUGGUUGUUGGGGUCUGUGGGGGAGUCCCUCUGCUGCCGUCCAGCAAGACUCCGAUUUUCCUAGGCGAUGUCAUUAUCAGCAAUGCGGUUGUCCGAUAUGAUUAUGGCAGACAAUACCCAGAUGGGUUUAAGAGAAGGGAAGGCCUCACAUAUACCCUGGGAAGGCCAAACCUAGAAAUCCGGACUCUGCUUAGCCGAUUGGAAACAAGCAUGGCACGCAGCGACUUGCAGAAUGACAUUUCUCAGUGCCUUGAGGUGCUGCAACGAUCAGACUCAUGUUGGCAAUAUCCAGGCAAUGCAUGCGACGUUCUCUUUGACGGUUCUUAUCACCACAAGCACCAUCGACUGGCUGCUUCUGUGGAAUGCCUGUGUUUCAAUAGUGAAUCCCCUGAUCGGAUAUGUCAGGAGGCUCAGAAGAGCAGUUGCGAUAGCCUAGAGUGUGACGAGAACCGCAUUAUCCGUCGUCGAUCUGAUACAACCAGGGCAUCAAUCCACAUCGGAACAAUUGCCUCUGGUGACAUGGUCAUGAAGUCUGGAGAGCAUCGUGACAAGCUGGCAAAGGAUGAUGACGUUGCUGGCUUCGACAUGGAAGGGGCAGGAGUUUGGGAUGAACUGCCAUGCAUCAUUAUCAAGGGUGUAUGUGACUAUGCAGAUAGCCACAAGGAUAAGAAGUGGCAAGCAUAUGCCGCAGCAACUGGCGCAUCAAGUGCAAAAGCUUUCUUGCGGUAUUGGAGUCCUGCCUCCAGAGAAGGUGUUAAACCAAAGAACUCUCACUGGAUGAUUCCUUUUGACAGAAAUUUACAAUUUGUUGGGCGUCAGAAUGAGAUUGCAGAGCUAGAAAAGUUGAUCUUUGAAAGGCAAGGCCCUGGCAAGAUCGCUAUUAGCGGACUGGGAGGGGUUGGAAAGACUCAUGUUGCAUUGGAGCUAGCUUAUCGUGUUCGAGAAAGAGAUCCUGAGUGCUCCGUUUUCUGGAUCCCAUGCACUAGCCCUGAAAUCAUUGAGCAGACGUAUAUGAACAUCACUCAGAUGCUUGGGAUGCAAGAUGUUAAGCCGGCAGAAGCAAAAGAGCAAGUCAAGGAUUAUCUUAGUCAUAAGAGCGCUCUUAAAUGGCUUCUUAUCUUUGACAACGCAGAUGAUAUGGAUAUGUGGACCAAGAGCAGCAAUCGUGCUCCAGCACUGAAGGACCUUAUGCCUCGAACUGAGCAAGGUCGAAUCAUCUUUACUACUCGCAAUAGACAGCUGGCUGUAAAGCUAGCCCCCACUGAAAUCUCGAUCUCCAAGGUAGACGAAGAGACUGGUAUAAAGAUGCUACAAAUGGCAUUGCCUGGGGAAGACUUGUCCGAUGACCGCGGAAUCGCCGUUGCCCUUUUGAGUCAGCUGACCUUCCUGCCCUUAGCAAUCAUGCAAGCGGCAGCAUUCAUCAAGGAGAACAGCAUCAGCCUCGGUGACUAUCUAACUCUGCUACAGGAGCAGGAACCAGAGGUGGUUGAGCUCCUGAGUGAGGAUUUUGAGACAGAAGGGCGUUAUCAGGAUGUUCCAAACCCAGUAGCAACUACCUGGUUAGUCUCAUUUCAACAAAUCCAACAGAUCGAUCAACUGGCUGCUGAAUAUCUCUCAUUCAUGGCUUGCGUCAACCCACGAAAUAUACCACAGUCCCUUCUGCCACCAGCAAAGUCCAAGAUAAAAAUGGUCAAGGCUCUAGGGCUUCUCAGUGCCUAUUCAUUUAUUUCUGACCAAGCUAAGAAUAACCCUCUUAACCUUCAUCGACUUGUAUAUCUAGCGACUCGCAGCUGGAUGAGGAGAAACCAACAAUUCAACCUAUUUAUACGCAAAACAGCAGAAAGACUAACCGAAGCUUUCCCCAACAAUGACCACACUAAUAGGAAUCUGUGGCGGAUAUAUUUACCCCAUGCAUUAUCUUUGCUAGAAGAGGAUGAGUUUAAACGUCAACAAGAACAAUACAUUGACUUGCUCAAAAAUGUUGGGGAAUGUCUGGUUAGUGAUGGGAGAUACAAUGAGGCAGAAUCGUUGCUUUGCGACGCCGGGAACAUAGAGCAGAAGCGAAAUGGCGAAGCACACCCUUCAACUCUCACCAGCAUGAGCAAAUUGGCAUCAGUAUACAUUGGCCAAGGUCGAUUCACAGAAGCGGAAACGCUCAAUGUUCAAGUGUUAGAGACCAGAAACCAGAUACUAGGUCCAGAAAACCCUGAGACUCUGAUGACAAUGGGCGAUCUCGCAAGAGUGUACUACGAGAAAGGACACUACAAGCAAGCAGAAACACUCAGACUGCAGGCCCUGAAAGUCAUGAGAGAGGUACUAGGUCCAGAGCACCCUGAUACUCUGUCUAGUAUGGCACACCUACGAAAUAUCUACCACAUCCAAGGAAAGUUAAAACAGGCAGAAGAGCUCAGUCUACAGGUCUUAGAGCACCGGAAGAAAGUGCUAGGCCCUGAGCAUCCAUCAACCUUGGUCAGUGUAACAAAUCUGGCAUCUGUGUACCGAUCCCAAGGCCGAUACAAGAAGGCAGAAGAGCUUCAUUUACAGGUAAUAGAGAAAAAGAAGAACAUGCUAGGUUCUGAGCAUCCAUUCACGCUGAGCAGUAUGUUCAACCUGGCCGCAGUGUAUCGGAAUCAAGGUCGAUUAGAAAAAACAGAAGAGCUGGAGAGACAGGUAGUAGAGAUUCGGAAGCGAGCGUUGGGCCCAGAGCAUCCUCGGACUUUACUCAGUAUGGCCAACCUGGCAUUGACUUACUGGCAGCAAGCAAAAUUGCAGCAAGCAGAAGAGCUUGGGGUACAUGUGCUCGAAGCUAGAAAGCGAGUGCUAGGAUCGGAGCAUCCCUCUACUCUGACCGGUAUACAUAACCUGGCAUUGACGUAUUUCAGUCAAGCAAAGUGGCAACAGGCAGAAGAAUUGAGAACGCAGGUGCUAGAGUGCCAGAAGAAGAUCCUAGGGCCAGAGGAUCCCAUCACCAUAACCAGCAUGGUGAAUCUUGCUUACAUCUGGUACUGCAAAGGUAGAAAAAAUGAUUCGAUUAGCUUAAUGACUAAGUGCGUCCGCCUUCGUGAGAAAUGUCUGGGUCCCAAACAUCCUGACACAUUGGACGCGAAGGAGGUGCUCGGACAAUGGGAAGAAGAAGAAGAAGAAGAAGAAGUUGAUGAUGAUGAUGAUGAUGAUGAUGAUGAUGAUGGUGAUGGUGAAGACUGGUGUCAAGUUUCCAAUGAAUCUCCACAAACGUCAAAACAAGUGGAAAACAAUUCAUCAGAUAAAGACCUAACUGUGGUGUUGCCGGCCGGCGCCCUUAGCUGUCGAAACAAUAGACGAGCUGACGCCAAAUCCGAAGGCUAG